AGGGGACUAGAGCUCCCAGGGCCCGGGCUGGGCAGCCGCAGUCCGCCCAGCCACCGCUGCUUUGGCCUCCCUCCUUCCCUGCGCAGCUGCUGGGAGACUAGGAGGAGGCUGCCAAGCGAGGCGAGGCGCGGCGGCAUGGGCAGCCCGGCGCGGGCCGGGAGGAUGCUCUGAGCAGCCCGGAAAGGGCCAGGGCCAGGAGAAGCGAUGGAGGGGGCGGCCGGGGGCUUCUUGGUAGUGAGGCUGGGGGCUGGGGGCUGCCCCUCUCUUCCUUCUUCUUCUUCUUCUCCUCCUCCUCCUCUUCUUCUUCUCCCCCGGCGGCCGCCUCUGCUGCAGUGCUAGCAGCCUCCGCCCGCCCCUUCCACCUUGCAAAGCCAGAAGAACAAGACGGCGGAGGCGCUGCUAGCACAAGGGCCAUGUAGCCCCCUCUCUCCUGCCGCCGCCUCCUCCUCCUCCGCUCCCAAGGCUGGACUAGCUAGGGUCCCCCCCCCCCACUCCCCCGGCCAGCCAAGGGCCAAGGAAAGGCAAGGGCGCAGCCAUGAAGAAGCAGUUCAACCGCAUGCGGCAGCUGGCCAACCAGACCGUGGGCAGGGCUGAAAAAACAGAAGUUCUGAGUGAAGAUCUUUUGCAGGUGGAGAAGCGUUUGGAGUUAGUGAAACAGGUAUCCCACAGCACACACAAGAAGCUGACAGCAUGUCUUCAGGGUCAGCAGGGAUCAGAUUCUGAUAAGCGCUCGAAGAAAUUGCCUUUGACGUCACUUGCUCAGUGCUUAAUGGAAGGUUCUGCUAUUCUAGGGGACGACUCCCUGCUUGGGAAGAUGCUGAAGCUGUGUGGAGAAGCAGAGGACAAGCUGGCUCAAGAGCUCAUCCACUUUGAGUUGGAAGUUGAAAGGGAUGUGAUUGAGCCCCUCUUUGUAUUGGCUGAGGUAGAAAUCCCAAAUAUCCAAAAACAGAGGAAGCACUUAGCAAAAUUAGUUCUGGACAUGGAUUCAUCAAGGACGAGGUGGCAUCAAUCAGCCAAGUCUUCGGGUUUGUCAAGCAACUUGCAGCCUACGGGUGCCAAAGCGGAUGCUCUCAGGGAAGAGAUGGAGGAGGCAGCAAACAGAGUGGAGAUUUGCAGGGAUCAGCUCUCAGCUGACAUGUACAAUUUUAUGGCCAAAGAGAUAGACUAUGCAAACUAUUUUCAGACUUUAAUAGAAGUGCAAGCAGAGUAUCACAGGAAGUCAUUAGCACUUUUGCAGAAUGUGUUGCCUCAGAUCAAAGCACAGCAGGAAGCUUGGAUUGAGAAGCCUUCCUUUGGGAAGUCCCUGGAGGAACACCUGUCUGUCAGUGGCCGAGAGAUUGCCUUCCCCAUUGAGGCAUGUGUCACCAUGCUCCUCGAAUGUGGCAUGCAGGAGGAGGGCCUGUUUCGAGUGGCUCCCUCAGCCUCCAAACUAAAGAAGCUGAAGGCAGCUCUUGACUGUUGUGUGGUGGAUGUUCAGGAGUACUCAGCUGAUCCCCAUGCCAUAGCAGGAGCACUGAAGUCCUAUCUUCGGGAGCUGCCAGAACCACUCAUGACAUUUGAACUCUAUGAAGAAUGGAUUCAAGCCUCCAACAUCCAGGACCAAGACAAAAGACUGCAAGCCCUGUGGAAUUCCCUUGAGAAAUUACCCAAGACCAGCUACAACAAUCUAAGGUACCUGAUCAAAUUCCUUGCAAAUUUAACAGAGUACCAGGAUGCAAACAAAAUGACACCAAGCAACAUAGCAAUUGUGCUGGGGCCCAAUCUCCUCUGGCCUCAGGCAGAAGGAAACAUCACAGAAAUGAUGGCAACUGUCUCCUUGCAGAUUGUUGCAAUUAUUGAGCCCCUUAUACAACAUGCCGACUGGUUCUUUCCAGGAGACAUAGAAUUCAACUUGACCGGGAACUAUGGCAGCCCUGUGCAUGUGAACCACAAUGCAAAUUACAAUUCCAUGCCAUCCCCCGACAUGGACCACGCUGAUCGCAAGCAUCCGGAUCAGACCCGGCGACCCCUCAGUGUGGCCACGGACAACAUGAUGCUAGAAUUCUACAAGAAGGAUGGCCUUAGGAAAAUCCAAAGCAUGGGCGUCCGGGUGAUGGACACCUCUUGGGUGGCUCGCAGAGGCACCUCCAUAGUCCGUAAGGCAUCCUCCACCCCUCCUGCCAUGCAGCCCCCUGCUCCGCCUUCUGAUCUUGCUGCUACUCCUCAGUCACCAAUUCCUGAGCAAUCUCUUGAUGUUUCAUCUACUCCCUCCCCUACUCCAGCUAACUUCGGUUUCCCACCAGGGGCUGAGCGAGUAAGCACGGAUGGUGUGUCGUCUAGUUGGUCGGAUUCCUGUUACAUCUACCUAUCCCCUGAAGACGACAAGCCUCCCCCAUAUCCCUGCUACUCAUCCUUCCACCCCUACCACCCCAAGACUAGCCCAUGCACUAGGCCCGAGCCUCCCUUGCCGCUGUACCGGUGGUCAGGGUACAGCCAAACCCUGCCUCCCCAUUCUUCCUCUUCCUCUUCUUCCUCCCCCUCCCCUCAGCAGCUUGACAUUAACUCUAACCCUAAACCGUAUUUCCUGCAUCUCCCUAAGCAAAGCUCCCUCACAGAGUUGCAUGGUCCUGAGACUAACCUCUCCUCUGUCUACAUGAAAACCCCUCUCACCUUAUCCAAACCCGAUCCUCCUGGCACUCCUUACAGCUCCCAUAUGUCAGUCUCUCCCCCCUGGGUCAGCUGCACCUGUGGCAGAGACAGAGGAGCCGGGCUCACUAGCGCUUUAAAAACUAAGGAACUUUCUCCUGUGUCUGGGCAGAAAGGCAGCCCAACCUGUGGUCCUCUGACACCAUGUGGUGGGGCCACACAGCAGCCACCUGGUCCCACGCAGCAGCUGUCCACUGAGCAGAGCCCACACACUCUGCGGAAAGUUUCAAAGAAGCUGGCCCCUAUCCCUGCCAAGGUUCCUUAUGGCCAGUCAGGUGGUAUGUCCGAUCAGUCCACAGGGCAGCCAUCCCCUGCCAGCCUCUCUCCCACCCCACCAAGCACCCCAUCACCCUAUGGACUGAGUUACCCUCAAGGCUACUCCCUGGGCUCAGGCCCACUCUCCCCAGCUGCUGUUCCUUCUUUGUCUUCUCCUCCUUCCCUGACAAGCACUUUAACCAAAACUCGGCCCACCCCCAAGCCACGACAGAGGCCCACGCUGCCACCUCCACAGCCUCCCACAUCAAACGCAUCUGGCUCUAGUCCACAGUCCACGGAGCACACCAUACUAGACGGCAUGUCCCCUGGGGAGAGCAUGUCCACAGAUCUCGCCCACCUUGAUGUCCCUUCCAUCCAUGUAGAGGUUGAUGUCUCCACACUUCACCUGGACCCACUGGGACAAGUCCAGAGACAUCCGGUACCAGGAAAAAUAAGUUCAGAGGAGGAUUCAGAAAGCACCGCCCUAUGACACGAUAUCCCUUGCUCCCUCGAACAUCCUCUCUUGUACAUAUCGGUGCCCCAUGAACACUCCACGGAAGGAGACAUGUCCAGAGACCUUGCCCACUUGUGUGUGGGGGGAGGUGUCUCUUAAGGCACUCUGCUUGCCAGCCACUUGUGCAAGACUGACAGCCCUGUGGGCCUGGUGCUAAGCCUGUUGAUGUGGCAAAGAGCACAUUGCCAGUGCAAUUUCCAUUUAAUUUAUUUUUCUCCUAUUUGUUUAGCCUUAUCCAAAUUUUGCCUUUUUGACGUGGUGCCUAUUUAAUAUUCUUUACAAGCUUUUGGACCCUUACCAAAAUAAGUAACUAAAUGCUCUCAUUGGCCCUUUCAGGCAAUUGAACAGCAGAGGUUGGAAAGCAGCAGAUGGGUUCAGUAGUUGAAUUUCACAGAAGACACUUAUUGGGUUAGUCUUACUGGCCUCAGCAAUGCCUCCCACUCUUGCUCUGUCUGUCCUUCCUCUGUGUGCCAGCUAAAUCUCCAUAGUGCUGGUUCAUUGCUCUUUCUCCCCUGCAGACUGGCCAAGGAAUGGGAGAGGAACCGACUAUACCUGCAUCAUUCCAGAGCUCACCCACUCAUUUCAAAACCUGUUUACCUGGUAUUUAUCUCCUACUGCCAGGCAAAUGCCUUUAGGGCAGUGUAUCAUAUAUGAAUCUCUGGGAUUCCAAAGGAAAUAUCACUCGGCCUUCUGGGCUCUUUUACCAUUUCAUUCCCUGCCUGCACCCUCACCUCCACACAUACACAAUUCCCUGGAUCUUCUUCCCACUACAGUGGGUAGAGAGAAGGUCAAGGAUGAUGAGAAAUGAGAAGGGACAAACACCAGAAGGAACAUUAAAUUGCUGUCUUUGGCUGUGACCAGAGUUGAGCAGGAAAGGUGGCUGUGGCAUGGGGUGGGCGAUGUUUCCUCUUAGGUAAAGAAAUAGUUACUUGUUUAGCAAUAAAAGUGCUCCCAAGCAUAUCCCCUGCAGUGUAAUCUCAGAGGGGGAAACUGGCCACAUGGAGUUCUUGUUCACCCUCAUGAUAGGCUUAUUCCCACCCUCCCCUUUCUCUCUACUCCAUGUUCAGGCCUUUUUGCCCGGGCGAGGGGAGAUGAAUUCCACCAAAGGAUAUACAUUUGCAAUGGUUAGACUGCAGCUCCCUGUAGUGUAUAGCUCAGGGUCUGACUGAGCAGGGCAGAGCUCUCAGCUGUGCAUGCAAAGGCAGAUGUAACCUUUUAUCCUUUUAAAAGAGAUGAGAUAUAUAGAUAUAUAUAUCUGCCCACAUAGAUAUAUAUUUGUACAUAUAAAAUACAUAGAUAUAUAUAUUUGGUUUAUUUGGGGCCAUUCCAUCUGAACGGGUGUACAAAUGUACAAUAUAAAUCUAAUGCUUAGAAUUAUUAUUCUACACACAUACUUUCAAACUCUUAUCAGAUUUAUGGUAAAUGUCUCCAAACUCCUCUCUUUUGACAGCAUUUUUGCAAGUCUGGAUGCUCUUGCUUUGCCACAAGCUGUGAUAAUAUGUAAUUCAUCACUCAAAAAUGGACGGGGCAGGAACACAAGUGCAAAUUCUGGUUAACUAGGCGGGGAAAUAGUUAUUCUAACUGCUCUCCCCAAUUAUGGCCACUUGAUGUUUUUGCUGUUCAAGCUGGGGCCAUAGACACAACCCAGGCACUGGGCAACUCCUUUCUAUGGGAGAGUCUCCUGCUUUCUCCAUUUCUGCCCAACCUCCUCCCCCCCCCCAACUUAUGGUGUCAUUAAAGUACAGUUAAUUA